UGCACCCACAAACUACUUGACCUUCAAAUUUUUGCUCUUUCUUCUCUGAGAACGCGGAGAUUCUGAAUUCGGCAUCCUUCCUCGGUCGGCACAAAUCAGUCAAAAUGGUCAAGGUCAACAACUCCGUCUCCUCCAGCCGCCGCAAGGCCCGCAAGGCGCACUUCAGCGCCCCCUCCAGCGUUCGUCGCAACAUCAUGAGCGCUCCCCUUUCCAAGGAGCUCCGUGAGAAGUACAACGUCCGCUCCAUCCCCAUCCGCAAGGACGACGAGGUCACCAUUGUCCGCGGCUCCAACAAGGACAAGGAGGGCAAGGUCACUUCCGUCUACCGCCUCAAGUACGUCAUCCACGUCGAGCGCGUCACCCGCGACAAGGCCACCGGUGCCUCCGUCCCCGUCGGCAUCCACCCCUCCAACGUCGUCAUCACCAAGCUCAAGCUUGACAAGGACCGUGAGGCCAUCCUUGAGCGCAUCAAGCGCGGCCGUGAGCUCGCCAAGCCCACCAAGGUCUCCGCCUAAAUUUGUCCGACCGAUUUGACGACGGAAGGAUGAGUGGAGGAGGGGUGGUGUGAUGGCCUCUCGCAAUACCAUGCCUCUUGACGUUCGGAGUCGCCGUACGAUCUCAGGGCUUCGACUCGACGACAAAAGGGCCUUGAUACCCACAUCCAAAUAUCGCCCUUUUUCUAUCUUGGCGAACGAAUGGUUCACGGCAUACACGACGAUGAACUUCAACUUCUAUACUACUAAACGACUGGCAACAAAGCGACGGCCGUGUGUCUAGGACCUUGAGUGCUGGGCUUGUUUCUCAGUACCCGUGCUAGCGCUGCGGAGGAAUGUUCGCAGGACCCGUGGGUCGGUAGAGGGCAAGAGGAGGAGUAUUACGAGAAACCAGAGCAACAAGAAGAAAAAAAUCGAGACAGUUUCCUUGUUCUCAAUGGCCAUUUCACAUACAACUUGCUGCCUCUGCGCUUCAAGCUUGUGAAAUGCUCCAUGGGAGGUUCUCCCGAAGUUAUAUCAUCAAGCCUGGUUGCUCAGAGGUUUGCAAGUGCAUGUCUUUGCACUUGUGACUUUUGUGUUCUUUCAGUAUGCUACUAACCUUGACAUGUCACAGGCCUCAUCAUGUUGGGCCUCACAUGUCUGGUCGUUACUUGGACCAAGGGAUGGUAAAACCUCCCUAUGAUAUCUUCUUUCUGGACCCGGACACAUGUCACAACGUAAGGAACGUAGAAUUUGACCAAAUCAGUUGGACCAUAUGACCGCCAGAUUAUCUCCGCGUUAACCACAGCCCCACGGUUCUCGAGGUAUACGACUGGCGAAGAUCAACCCAACCAGAGGACCCUAACCAGGAACCCUACUGGUCUCACCUGCAGACUUCCUUGGAGAGCAAUCGAUGAUAUUGGAGGUUUGAUGGUGAGGCACAUCUUCGUCUGUCGGACUGUAGUUGAUAGCAAUACACUAUUCUCUCAGAAACUUUCACUCGUUGAGCCUCCAUGCCAUGUAUGGUGACACUCAAACAUCCAACUUGUUGAUCCCCUCCUCGGCCUUCUCCUUCCACUCGGGCCUCCACCUCGUCAACGGCGGCCGAUUCUCCACCACAUCCCCCAUAGCCCACACCAUCCUCCGCUUGUCCAUGUCCUCCGUCACAUCAUUAUCCGGACAAAUCGCAUAAAACUUACCCUCCUUCAUCUUUUCCUCCAAGUAAUCCACCACCUGCUCCGGCCACCACGCCCCCUUCGGCUUUUCCUUCUGUGCUCCCGAUGUAGCAGCGCCCGUCAUGCCCGUAAACGUCCACCCGGGAACCAACAAGUGCACCGAAACAUUCGGAUGCUCCUUGGCCAAAUCAAACGACAAAUGCUCCGCAAGCGACCUGACAGCGGCCUUGGACGCAUUAUACGCCGGGUUCGCAGGGGGGUUGGUGAUUCCCUGCUUGGAUCCCGUGAUAAUCACCGCACCCUUUGCACCCUUCUUCCCCUUCCCAUCUUCUUUUGCAGUCGCCUGAACCAAGGGCAAAAGGGUAGUAACCCCAUUAAUCACGCCAAAUAGAUUCGUCUGCAUGGUUUCGUAAAAGUUCGUCGGGUCCGGGUUACUGAAAGACGUAGGAAUGUAUCUACCAGCGUUCAAGGCGAGGACGUUGAGUUGCCCGUGAAAGACGUCGUCGAUAUGGGACUUGAGACGGGUCCAGGAUUCGAGGUUGCUGACGUCCAUUUCGAAAGUGAGGAGGUCGGGGGAGGAGGAGAGGGAGGAGAGAGAGGAGAUGUCUUUGUCGGCGACGAGAACGCGGAGGCCGUAAGACAAAAGACGUUUGGCGAGGGCGAGACCGAUGCCGGAGGCGCCGCCUGUUAUGAGGGCCGUGUUGCCUUUUUGGAAGGCCGCGGGGGCGGAAGGGGUGGAGGAGGACAUGUUGAUGGUUUUUUUUGGGUAGGUAAA